AGCGAGUUCAGUACGCGUUUAGUUCCGGAACAGUUGGCGGUCUAAUCAAAAUGAGAGUUGCGCAAUGUGGAUUCCACUUGGGUGUAAUUUUGGCCUUACUGGCCGAAAUCAGAGGAUUUUCGAUGGAGGACAAGUGCAAACUGUGGGCUGGAACCGGCUACAUUGGCGAUCCCAGUGACUGCCAGGCCUGGGGAUUUUGCCAGGACAACAAACUCACCGAGCGACGUAGCUGCACUGAAGGAUUACUGUACAGUUUCCGAGACUCAACCUGUAAGAGGGAAUCGAAUGCGAUUUGUCAUUCCCAGAUCUCGGAGAUUUGCGCCAGCCUCCAGCCGUGGAACUACGUAGCCGAUCCGGCGGAUUGCCGGAGAUUCGUCAAGUGCGAGGAUUUUGAUGAUCCCACUUGGGGCGACUGUGGUGUGGGCCAGGUGUUCAGCAACAAGCAGCAGACCUGCCUCGAGGAGGUUUCCGGCUGUCCGCAGGAUAAUAUCUGCUCCCAUAUGAAAGAUGGCUCACUUAUGGCCGAUCCCAAUAGCUGUCAAAGCUUCUAUAAAUGCCACAAUGGAUUUGGCAUCCAGUUGAAUUGCUCCGUCGGUCGAUACUUUAACCGAAAAUCGGGUAAUUGCCAGUCCUGGCUGCCACAUUACUGCUCCAAGGAAGAGGAGAACUUGCCGAAGCCACCCUCCACGGCAUAUCAUAUCUGCUCCAAGUACUAUCCAAGGGAUAAAGACGGAGUGCAGCUCCUGCCGGAUCUGAUGACCUGCCACGGCUACUACUCCUGCACCUCGCAGUUCGACGUGGGCCAGUGGGGCAGCUGUCCUUGGGGACAGCACUUUGAGUGGUGGAGCCAGCGGUGUGGCGCGCCGAGGGACAACAGCUGCUCCUACGACCGCUGCGGCAAUUGGAACCAGUUAAUGGUGGCCACCAUUAACACGGGCUGCCGGGAGUUCACGAUCUGCCAGGAUAAUCGUUCGAUGAGCUCGAAAAAGUGUCCGGAGGACUAUCCAUAUUUCAAUGAGAUGCUGCGUGUGUGCACCGAUGAAUUUCCAAAUCAUAGAGUGUGUUACAUGGCUGGAUAA